AUGAAGAAACAGUUUAUGAGAGCAUAUUCAUAUAUCAACGUAGAUUUUAAUAAAAUAUCAUCGAUAGCAAGCUUACUAUGUUUAAUUGACUGUGUUUUCAUACCCGUCCUUACAAUUUUAUUGUCAUUGUUUAGCCUUAUAAAGCAUUAUUUUUUUAACAUCAAUAGUAUUAGUACCUUAAAUACCGAAAAUGAUAUCCAUGGAAAUGGCUCCAGAGAUCAUCAUGGUCAUGAUUCAUGGCAUAUAUUUAUGGAAAAGGUAGCAUUAUUUUUUAUGAUGCCAAUAAUUACUUUAACCACGAUUAUCAACUUUUACAAAUUAAGGAAUGUCCCUUUGCUUAUGUCUGCCUUAACCGGAAUGACGUUAUUUAUAAUAUCACAUGCACAUAUUGAAUUUAGCAACGAUAAUAUAAAUGAUAUUAUUGAAAUCCUCCAUAUACCUUUGGCAUUGUUAGGGGCAGCUUUUUUAUUAAGUGCAAAUUAUGCAUCCCAUAAACUUUUAAAAGAAAAAAAUUUAGAUCAUUGUUGUAAAUAUGAUCAUAUAAAAAACUAUCAUCAUAAUCAUCACCACCAACAGCAUGCUGAUAAUAAUAAUCGUAGCGAUUUGACAGUUGAUAAAGAUGUAUUUGGCAACUUUGAAAAACCUUCAGACGAGAACACCGAUUUAUUAUCUUAUUUAUAG